AUGGCAAAUAAAAUACUAGAUCCAAUCUUUAGAUUAUACGAUCCAAUUCGUUAUUCAUUUAACAAGAAAAAAGAGGAUUAUAUUAUCAUCUCACCCACUGUUGGUUCUAAAUCCCAAUUGAAUGAUGGUGGUAGAAUUACCUUCGAAAUAAAUUCAUUAUCGAUUUGGUUGCUUCUUUCCGAUGCUUAUUUCAGAUGUGAUUUCAAAAUCAAAGACGCCACUCAGAAUCAAGUACCACAAGCAAAUACAACGUUAGAAAACAAUUUCUUUCCAUCUUUAUUUAGCGAGAUGGUUUUGGAAGCUGUUUCAAAUCCGAUAGAAACAAUCAAACAUCCUGGGGAAUUCGACACAAUGUUGAAAACAGUUUUAUAUCCUAAAGAUUUCGAUUCAGUCUCAGGUUGGAUACCCGAUGUUGGCGAUGGAAGUGUUUUAAAAGAACCGGUAAGAAAUCUUACAAAUGAUGCCGAUUUAGCUAGAGUGAGAGUUGUUGCUCGAAACACGAUAGAAAGAGUAGGACGAGCAGUUAAUCAUGGAUUCGAAAAACGAGUACUUCAGUAUAAUAAUGUUGUUGAGAAUAAUAGGUGGGGUAAUUACGUAAAUUGGAAAUUAUAUCCUUUAUUCGGUCUGUUGGAACAUAGAAAAGUUUCCAUAGGCUUACCAUAUAAAAUUCAUCUACAAAGAGAAAUCAACGACGAUAAGAUAUUCUUUGGAGAGAAUGGUUCAGAUGCAAAAUUAGAAAUAACGAAUCUCCAACUUUUCAUACCCGUAAUAACACCAUCAAUUGAAGUAGAAACGAAAAUAUUCAACAUGUUGACUAAAGAUAUUGAAAUAGCUUUUCUUCAUCGUAAUACGGUAGCCGGUGCAGUAGCUGGUGGUACAGCUACCGCAGUCAAUGCUGCCAACGAAAAGAAAGCAGCUGCAGUAACAGCAGCCGAAGAACAUAGACAUAAUUUAAAAAUGGAAAAGUUGGCCAAAGGUUCAGGAGUGGGAGAAAUGAUAGGCACAAUGAAAGAAUUUGGAAAAAGAUUUAGUGAAGAAACCAAGAAAACUGUUAAACAAGGAUUAAAUAAAUUAGUAGAUAGUAUUGACACGGGAGAAGUCAAAGUCAAACAUAAGGGUAAUGGAAUAUUUUAA